CAAAGAUUCUGCUUCUGAAAUUUUCAGUCUCUCCAAAACAAGACAGGUCUCUAGAGGAGGAAACAGUUGACCUUGAGAAUAUAUAUAAAGGCCCUCAUGAGUCAUGUGCACAGGUCAAACCUGAAUAAGCCCAUUUGGUUGAUCUGAAGUUCUGAACUGAGCUACUGAAGCGGCCGUGCACAGAGCAAUGACGAAGAGGUUUGCUUUCGUGGAGAAGGAGAUGGCGCGCAUGCUGCUGCUGGUGUCACCGGAGCAGGCGAUGUCCACACCGAUGCCGACGGCGGUACGCGGUGACCGCGCCCCGGGGCGGGUGUUCGUGUGCAAGACGUGCGACCGCGUGUUCCCGUCGUUCCAAGCGCUGGGCGGGCACCGGGCCAGCCACAAGAAGCCACGGCUGGACGACGGCAGCGACCUCAAGCCCAAGCUGCACGGAUGCUCUGUCUGCGGGCUGGAGUUCGCCAUCGGCCAGGCGCUCGGUGGACACAUGCGGCGCCACCGUCCCAUGGCCGCGGGCGGAGGCGGCGGUGUCAUGGCCAUGACGCCACCGAUAGAAGCGAUCAAGAUGCACGGCGACAGCAGCGACGACGCCGUUGUCGGCAUGAAGCGUGGGCUGUGGCUCGACCUGAACCAUCCACCUUGCGAUGAGUACGGCGCCGGCAACGAGAGCGAGGACGAGUGCGGCCACGACAGAGCUACCGCCGGGUACACGUUCCACCAGUUCCUGGAUACCGGCACCAUGGCGGUUGACUGCGUCUAGCUACCGCAUCUUCACUCCGUUGCCGGGUUUUUGCCGGAUAGUAAUAUUUUCCUGUGUGUGCUUUGGCUGUAACUUCUUUUUUUACCCUUUUCUUUUCCUUUUUCAUGCAUGGAUAAAUCCAUAUUUUAUAGCAGUAGAUGAGUGCCCAGUGAAAGGCAUGCCAUGGCACAUGAAUCAUUUCUUUGAGAUGAUUAAUUUUGUGCUUAAUUUGGUGGUUUUGGAGGCUCACCAGAGCUAUUUCCCCCCAGGUUUUCCGGUUAUUAUUUGUCCGGUUACUGUUGACAAAAAAACCUUUGCUCAAGUGGCUCAACAUGUAAUUAUCCAAUUGUAGUAAAGUAUAUAUGG